AUAAAAAUUUCUCCCCUUUUUUAUUUAUUCUUUCUCAAAAAUCAAUUUCACCUCAUUAUUUCUCUCUCAAAACGAUGUCGUUACGACGAUCAUUUUUAUCAAGAAGAAUACGAACCAGCAGCAGAUCCAAAUCUCUCAAUGAAUUCACACAUGAUAACAAUGAUUUUGUUAUUAUUAAUAAUAAUAGAAAUAAUGUUGAUGACAUCAUCGUGACGAGUGAACCGGCCGGUUCGUGGUCAAAUAUGUUGCCGGAGCUGAUCGGAGAGAUAAUAAGGAGAGUUGAAAGUAGUGAAGAGCGGUGGCCGGUGAGGCAGAGUGUGGUGGCGUGUGGAUGUGUUUGUAAAAAGUGGAGAGAUGUUGUUAAGGAGAUUGUUAAACCGCCUCUUCUUACCUCUAUUAUUACCUUUCCUUCUUGCCUUAAACAGCCUGGUCCACGGGAUACACCUCUUCAAUGUCUUAUUAAGCGAAACAAGAAAAACUCGAUGUUUUACCUUUAUCUUGCUGAUAGCCCAUCGUUCACAGAGAAAGGUAAGUUUCUGCUGGCAGCACGUAGAUCAAGACAUGGUGCUCAUACGGAAUACAUAAUAUCACUUGAUCCAAAUGAUCUAUCUCAAGGAAGCAAUGCUUACGUUGGUAAAUUGAGUUCGGAUUUUCUCGGUACCAAAUUUACAAUCUAUGAUAGCCAGCCUCCACGCGUUGGGGCAAAGCACUCAAGCAGCAGUGCUGCACGGCGUUUCACAACCAAGCAAAUAAGCCCACAAGUUCCAGCUGGCAAUUUUGAGAUAGGGGAAGUUUCCUACAAGUUUAACCUCUUGAAAUCUAGAGGUCCUAGAAGAAUGGUAUCUUCUUUAAGGUGUCCUAUGUCGGACGAACCUCAAGCAGAAUCCAAGUUGACCAAAUCCAAAUCUGAUGCUGCUGGUACUGGUUCUGAUUCUGGUCUGACGUUAUUAAGAAAUAAAGCCCCGAGGUGGCAUGAACACUUGCAAUGCUGGUGUUUGAAUUUUCAUGGGCGGGUAACAGUUGCAUCAGUUAAGAACUUUCAGUUGGUGGCAACGAUGGACCCGAGUCAGCCAGGAGGGAAAGGGGAUGGUGAAACAGUCCUGCUUCAGUUUGGAAAGGUUGGUGAUGAUAUGUUUACGAUGGACUACAGGCAGCCUUUGUCGGCCUUUCAUGCUUUUGCCAUCUGUUUGACCAGUUUUGGGACAAAGCUUGCCUGCGAGUAGUAUGGUACUGACAUUCGUGUGCGUGUGCUCGAAUAUGAGUUUGAAAGGUAUCUGUGGGUUGUCUCUAGAAACUUUGCUACCAUCCGAGGUUGUGUUUUACUUUUCAGGAUGUAUGUGAUGUAAAUAGGCACGAACAUUCUAAUUGUUGUUUUAGGAAUCUUGGUUUGAGCAGGAAAGUGUUUUUGUUUUUCUACUGUAUGCAUCAUUAGAACGUUAAAACAUGUUUGUUUUUUGUUUUUCUACUGUAUGCAUCAUUAGACGUUAAAACA